AUGCCGCAAAAUUACGGUUCCGAAUAUACCGGCUCCAAGCUUACUAGCUACGGCUUGAAGUUUCAUAACUGGCCAGGAGCUGGUGAGCAGGCUGCGGAGCAUUUCGGUCUCUCCCAUGCUGUGAUCGUUCCGGCAAAUGCUCGCCGCAUAUUGAUCGGAGGUCAACUCGGAAUUCGAGAUGACGGUUCCAUCCCCACAGACCCAGUGGAGGAAGCGGAUAUCGCCUUUGAACAUGUUGAGCGUGCCCUGAAGGCUGCUGGCGUUGGAGACAAUGCGUGGGAAUACGUCUACAAGGUUUGGCAUACUGAAUGUGAAGUUACGUUAGAAAUACGCAACUGA